AUGGGACUUGGUGAUGCAUUUUGUAUCAUAAGUGCAACACUUUAUGGUGCGAGUAAUGUACUAGAAGAAUUAUUUGUGAGACAAAGAUCAGUGUAUGAGGUGGUUGGACAAUUAGCAUUUUGGGCAAUGAUUAUCAGUGGUAUUCAACUUUCAAUUUUAGAGCGUCAAGAACUUUCUGCUGUAGAAUGGAGUGGAGGUAGUGCACCAAUACUCUUCAAAUUAUCAUCAGCUACAUUCUUUAAUCUUUCUUUACAAACAAGUGAUUUCUAUUCAUUAAUAUUUAGUUUAUUAUUAUUCGGUGCCCAGAUGCAUCAUCUUUACCCUAUAUCAUUUGUUAGCACAAUCAUAGGAUUGUGUUUAUACCAUUACAAUCCAGAAUCAAGGCCUAGUUACAGUCCUCCUGCUUUUCUUUCUAUCGGUAGGGAUCACACUGAUGUCAAAGGUAACGAUGAUAAUGGGGGCCGGAAUUUUGAUGAAACAAAAGUUGAGGAAAGGGAAGUUACUACUGAUUUAAAUGUAUAA